CUUGGUCUAAACGGAAGUAGGUACGUGGCUGCUUCAGCUGACAGUCUACAUGAUGGCGACAGAGGUUCAGAGCGGCGACCUCGACAGUGCUACUUCCAGCCGGCUCGAAGUUUCCAUCGAUGGCCUCACCCUCACUCCGGACCCGGAGGGCGAGCAGAGCCAGGCCGAAGAACCGGAGUCCAUACCUACGGAGCCCAGCAGAGAUAAGCCGGGCGGCGCUGGAGGCGAAGAUGGAGAGACUGCCAAAUCUGUGAUAGAGAGGAAAUGGGGCUUUCCUCUGCUGGAGCUGUACGGAAUGGCCCUUAAAUUUUUUAAAGAUAAAGAUGGAAAGGCCUUCCACCCGACCUAUGAGGAGAAGCUUCGACUGGUGGCUCUGCACAAACAGGUGUUGCUCGGCCCUUACAAUCCUGAUGCUUCACCGGAGGUCGGCUUCUUUGAUGUCCUGGGCAACGACCGCAGGAAAGAGUGGGCCUCACUGGGUAACAUGGAGAAGGACGAGGCCAUGGUGGAGUUUGUCAAGCUACUUAACAAAUGCUGUAACCUCUUUGCUCCAUACGUCACCUCACACAAGAUUGAAAGGGAGGAGCAGGAGAGGAAAAGGAGAGAAGAGGAAGAGCGUCUGAGGCAGGAAGAGGAGGAAAGGGAGCGACAGAGGCAGGAGGACGAGAGGCGAAGGCUUGAGGAGGAGGAAAGGCUUAGAAGAGAAGAAGAGGAAAGGAGACAAGCAGAGGAGGAGAGGCUACGGAUUGAGCAACAGAAGCAACAGAUAAUGGCAGCAUUAAAUGCCCAGACGGCGGUGCAGUUCCAACAGUAUGCUGCUCAGCAAUACCCCAACAACCCCGAGCAGCAGAUGAGCCUCAUCCGUCAGCUCCAGGAGCAGCACUAUCAGCAGUACAUGCAGCAGCUCUACCAGGUCCAGCUGGCUCAGCAACAGGCGGCCUUACAGAAGCAGCAGCAGGCUGAUUCAGCAGUACAUGGCGCCCUAGAAUCUAGCAGCUUCAACACAGGUGAAACCAUCCCCGCCUCCUCAGCAGGACCAUUGUGUGCUGCUUCACCACAGACUGGGGAAGAAGCUCCAACAGUCAACGGAGGCCAGUCAGACUCUUACUCGGAGAGCAUGGAACGGGAGCCGGAGCCUGAGCCGGCAGAAGAGGUUUCAGAGAAUGGGCCUUUAUUAGCAGAAUCCCCACCAGUCAUAGCUGCGCCUUCCAUGUGGACACGGCCACAGAUCAAGGACUUCAAGGAGAAAAUCCGUCAGGACGCAGACAGCGUGAUCACGGUGGGGCGUGGCGAGGUGGUGACAGUGCGUGUUCCCACUCACGAAGAGGGCUCCUACCUGUUCUGGGAGUUUGCUACAGACUAUUACGACAUCGGCUUUGGGGUCUUCUUUGAGUGGACGGACACAGCCUCUGCUUCAGUCAGCGUUCACGUGUCCGAGUCCAGUGACGAGGAUGAAGACGAUGAAGCCUUUAGAGAGACUGCAGGUGAUCCUCCCAAUGAGGAGGAGAAGGCCAAGAAGGAGGCAGGGAAGCCUCAGGUGGAUGAGAUUGUGCCGGUUUACCGGAGGGACUGUCACGAGGAGGUGUACGCCGGCAGCCACCAGUACCCAGGGCGCGGAGUCUACCUGCUCAAGUUUGACAACUCCUAUUCACUCUGGCGCUCCAAGAGUGUUUACUACAGAGUCUACUACACCAGAUAAGCCUGAAUACAGACACAAGGGGAGCCAAGGAGUGUGUGUGUGCGUGUGUUCGUAUAUGUGUGUGUGUGUGUGUUUUUUUUGUUUUUUUUUUUCUUUUGUUUGUUUGUUUUUUUUGGGGGGGGGUUGUGUGAGGGCAGCCUGUAUUUGUGUGUGUGUGUGUGUGCGCGCGCAUGUGUGAAGGAGGAAACUCUACCAGAUUUAUUCUGGAUUAAACCACCAGAGGGAGACAAAGACACAUCUGGAGUCCUAGUCUGGAGGCUGGACUAAUAUGUAUUUACUGUGUGUGUACGCGUGACCCAAGAUGCACCCAUGCUAGAUCCCGUUAUCAAGCCCUUGGAAGAGGAGUGUGUGUAUACCUGUUGUAUAUUCACCACCUGUCCUUGCUGCACUCACACACCAAGCUGUAGGACUUUGCUUUCAUGUUAUGUUUUACCAAUUUUCCUCUCCCGGGGCUCCGCUUCUGUCACCACCCCGGCCCAGCACUGUCCGACGCGGUGGCCCUGUGGCUGCUUGUGGCCCAAGUGACGCUAUCAUAACCAAGAGCGGAAACUCGGCGACUCCCCCACGAGAAGACAAUGUUUGAAAUCCAUUUAUUAUUGCAGAUGUACUUCAUAACACUAUGCCUUUUACUCAGAGAUCUUCAGGUCUUUGCCAAGUCAUAUUCCUUCAUUUAAAAGCACCCCUUGUACUCAACCCUGCUCAUCCUUUUUGUUGUCACUGUGAUCUGAUACCCUCUUUCCAAGCCAUCGUACCUAUAUGAAGAUCUGAGAGGAUUGUGAAGUGGAACGAGUGGUCUUUUUCAGCUUCUUCUCCCAAAAUCUGUUUUUCAUCCAGUACAGCAAAGAGUAUGUUUCUUUUAAAAUUUUCAUCAUUUAUGAAGGAUGGGCAAGAAGUCAUUCACUAACAUGGGUGUUAAGGGAAGGUGUAACAUGGUCACGUGGCUGCAGAAGUGUCGCAGGAUAAGAAGUAUACAACUCAAAUUAGUGUAGGAAUAAUUUCCUCUCACAGAUGUUUUUUUUUUUUUUUUUUUUUUUUUCUCAGUUUGAGUCACAAAGUUGCUUGUUGACAGUUCCUGUCUGUAUACGUCACUCAGCACUUGUUAACUGAAGAAUCACCAAAAAAAAAAAAUUGUGUUAGCAGGGAGGUUAUCAUUCCUGUUUUCCUCUUCAGAGCUCUGACACAAGUGAUAAUUCAAAAAAAGAUAUAUAUAUUAAAAAAAAAAAAAAAAA